AUGACCAACAACCGCGUCCCGAUCAAUUACGAAAUCCCCUCGUUCCCGUCGCUUUAUGACCCGUUCCCGACUCACAAUACCUAUGCCUACUAUCUCUACUACACACAGGAUAUAUGGCGAUUCACACUUUAUUGGACGUUCAUUUUCUAUGCGGCUACCCACCUCUCCGUCGCAGCUUGGGCUGUGGCUAUGCAAUGUCGCAGUUGGAAGACGGGGUUGAUUAUUCCAGUCAUAUACGCGGUGAUUGGGGGGUUGCAGGCGCUUAUGGCCGGGAGUAUCGUUGGCUUAGUUCUCGGAGCAGUCUAUGAAUCUGGAAAUUUCCGAAUGUCAACAUGGCUUCCUAUGAUAUGGGGUGGCGUCAAUGUGAUGGUUUUGAUACUGUCUAGCUUUCCGAUGCAGGGUGGACUGUGA